UUCCGCAAAGGGACCCGCCGCCCGCUGUGAACUCUGGGUAAUGGCGUUUCUGCUGUUGUUGAUGCUUGAAACGCAACACAGCGGCAGCUGUGCGGCAGAAGGCGAACGUGACAAAAAUGAUGGAUGGAAAGACCGUGAUAGUGACCGGCGCCAACAGCGGGAUAGGCAAGGCCACGGCAGCGGGCGUCGCGAAGCUGCGGGGCCGCGUGGUCAUGGCCUGCCGGGACCUGAGCAGGGCCGAGGAGGCAGCCCGGGAGAUCCGACAGGAGACCGGUGCGGACAGCACACAGCUGGUCGUCAGACAGCUGGACCUGGCCUCGCUCGCGUCUGUGCGCGCGUUCUGUCGAGACAUAAUAAAGGAGGAGCCUCGGUUAGACGUGCUGGUCAACAAUGCUGGGGUCUACCAGUGUCCGUACACCAGAACAGAGGACGGCUUUGAGAUGCAGUUUGGGGUCAACCACCUGGGCCACUUCCUGCUCACCCACCUGCUCCUGGAUCUCCUGAAACGAUCGGCCCCCAGCCGCAUCGUGGUGGUCUCCUCCAAACUCUACAAGCACGGCCACAUUAACUUCGAGGACCUGAACAGUGAGCACGGCUACAACAAGGCCUUCGCCUACAGUCGAAGCAAACUAGCCAACCUCCUGUUUACCUGUGAGCUGGCCCAUCGACUGGAGGGCAGCAGAGUGACGGUGAACGCUCUGACUCCAGGCAUAGUGAGGACUAAUCUGGGGAGGCACGUUCAUGUCCCAGUGUUGGCUAAACCCGUAUUUAACCUCCUCUCGUGGGGCUUGUUUAAGAGCCCCGAAGAAGGAGCUGGGACUCCUGUGCAUUUGGCCUGCAGCCCAGAUGUGGAUGGUGUGCAAGGAAAGUGCUUUGCAGAUUGUCGUCCUCAGGUUUUGCUGGACAAGGCCACUGACCGGGAAGUAGCCACUAAACUGUGGGACAUUAGUGAAGUCAUGGUGGGCAUAACCACAUGAGUGCUGAAAUAAAUUUACAUUACAGAGAGAAGUGAAUUAUCUGAAAUCAUUGAAGCAGAUCAAAAAUAUGUGUUUUGCUCUAAAUGGAACUGAGUAGCAGUUCAAUAUCAAUAUCAAUAUCUUUUUUUUUACUGCUUUGCUUUGAAGAGUACCAACGUUUUUCCACAAAGCCUUGUUUUUAUUUGAGAGAAUAGAUGCUCUUGAGAAUUAGAUACAUUUGUGAAUGAAUACCAAAAUUGAUUUGAAUAAAAAAGAAAUAUAUAACA